AUGGCGACUAGUAAGGCAAUGUGGGAAGUUGAUCCCGAGACACGGUCAAAGCUCCUCGCAAUCGGAAAAGAAGGCAAAAACAACAUCUGCUGCGACUGCGGCGCCCCCUCCCCCCAAUGGGCCUCCCCCAAAUUCGGCGUCUUCAUCUGCCUCUCGUGCGCGGGCGUGCACCGCGGUCUCGGCGUGCACAUCUCCUUCGUACGAAGCGUAUCGAUGGACGCCUUCAAGCCUACCGAGAUCGAGCGAAUGCGCCUGGGCGGCAACGAGUGUUGGCGCAAGUUUUUCGAGGAGCACGAGGAUACGGUCAUGAUGGGGCUCAGCUGGGACGAGGCGACCAUUGCGGAGAGGUAUAGCGGGAGUGUUGGGGAGGAGUGGAAGGAGAGGUUGACGUGUAAGGUGGAGGGGAGGGAGUAUGUUGCUUCUGCUGCCGCUGGGGGUGAGAAGAAGAAGACGACGGCUACGGGGACGGCGAAGCCUGCUGCGCAGGCGAGAAGUGGUACGCCGCUUUCGGGGAGGAGGGAAACGGCGACGCCUCCUAUUUCCGCUGCUGCUCAGGGACAGGCCGGCGGUAAGAUCAAAGUCGACGAUAAGUACUUCGCGCGCCUGGGCGCUGAUAAUGCGAAUCGGAGCGAGCACCUACCGCCUAGUCAGGGUGGGAAAUACGCCGGGUUCGGAAACACGCCGGGACCUGCUGCCGGGAGGGGGAAUGGGAAUGCUGGCGCGCCUUCGCUGGACGAGUUGCAGAAGGAUCCGCUUGCUGCGUUGACGAAGGGCUUUGGGUGGUUUGCUUCGACGGUGACGAAGACGGCCAAGGACGUCAAUGAAGGGUAUAUCCAGCCUACUGCGCAAAAGAUCGCCGAAUCCGACAUCGCGAAACAAGCCCAACUCACCGCCGCCCAAGUCGCCCGCCAAGCCCAACAAGGCGCCCGCACCGCCAACGAAGGCUUCAUGCGCUUCGUCGAGGGCGACGGACCGGGCGGCCAAGCACACAGCGGACGGUACCGCGCGGCGCCGCUGGAUGAGUCCCGGAAGGACUUUUGGGACGACUUCGCGUCGUUGGCGGAUCAGAGGCAGGGUUCUAGCUCUAUUGGGACGGCGGCUAUGGGGAUGGGUGGGGGUGCGAGGGGAGGGGGGCCGGCUAAGAAGAAGAAGGAGGAUGAUUGGGACGAUUGGUGA